AUGAGGGUGGGAGCUGCGACCUUGGCUGGAGGGAUAUUUGGGGCAGUGGGGACUCUGUGUUUCUUCUUAGCCUUUGGUACAGACUACUGGCUGGUGGCCAGUGACAACUGUGGAUCAUAUACAUGGCAGACGCAAACAAAACUUAGAGGGGAAAAAGAUGCCAAUGGAACUGAGAUCCUGUUAGUGGAAGCUGUCACUGUUUCUGCUCCAUCUCUCACUCUGCACCAUGAGGGCUUCUUCUGGCGCUGUGUGUUUCAGGUGGAGCCCACAGCACAUGCAGUCCUGGCCACUCUCUUCACAAACCAGCCAGAAUCCAAGGUCUGCGUCCAUGGUUACCUUUUCCCUCUGCCUGUUGCACUUGGACAGGUGCCUCAUCCAAGUUAUGAUGCUACAGCAGUGUUUCGGGGUUUCUGGACUGUACUGAUUAUCCUUGGCCUGGUCGCAGCUCUAACUGGAGGCUUUCUCUUAGUCUGUGGUGUCCCCUUCAUCAGCCACAAACUGUACAAGCUGGGCGGUGCUUUCCUUAUCGCUGCAGCCUGCUUGUUCCUGUUCAUGCUGCUGCUCUACGUACUGUGGAUGGAGGUGGUGGAGGUGAAGCGCUACGUCCUUCAGGAGAGAGGGGAGGCAUGUCCACAUGCACAGGUUUCGGUGCUCUACGGCCUGUCGUUCAUGGUGGCGGCUGCCGGUGUGCCUCUGGAGCUCGUCUCCGGGUUGAUUUUCCUGCUGGUGGGCCGUGUGUUGCGCAAGUGAGCUUGCCAUCAGGACUGUAGGGGAAGAACGGACUGACCUUUUUAUGUCCUGCAAAUGGGAUCAGCAGCGCACUUGUGAGAUGUAAAUACUGUCUGGAAAGACAUGAUCAAUAUUACAGCAACACCCUUUGGAUUUCGAGUAGCAUGCAGUCAGGGAUGCUGAUAUAUCAGUUUUCUAUAACUUGCUUUGUUUCUAUGAAAAUCACUAAUUAUUAUAUAAUAAAAAUACCAGAAAAGUUCAGUGUU